AUGCGCACUGAAAUGUUGUUGAUGGAGGAACAGUAUUCGCAGUUGCGUCGAGAGUACGAAACAAUGGAGUUAGAACUAAAGCAAGCUGUAGCACAAAAUGAGCAGGCUGGUCCAAUCAAUGCAGAAAUGAGAAGUCUGAUAGCUACUCUACAAACACAGAACAAACAGUUUCGCGUUGAACUGACUCGGCUUCAGCGCAAGUUCCGCGAAGCAACUCAGGAUUCAGACAUGGUAAUAUUUUUCUCUAUUUUACGCAUGAAUUAUCCCUUGUUUUGGAUUGAUGCGGGAAAAUAG